AUGGCUGUCUCUAAAGUUUACGCUAGAUCCGUCUACGACUCCCGUGGUAACCCAACCGUCGAAGUCGAAUUAACCACUGAAAAGGGUGUUUUCAGAUCCAUUGUUCCAUCUGGUGCCUCCACCGGUGUCCACGAAGCUUUGGAAAUGAGAGAUGAAGACAAAUCCAAGUGGAUGGGUAAGGGUGUUAUGAACGCUGUUAACAACGUCAACAACGUCAUUGCUUCUGCUUUCGUCAAGGCUAACUUGGAUGUUAAGAACCAAAAGGCCGUCGAUGACUUCUUGUUGUCUUUGGACGGUACCGCCAACAAGUCCAAGUUGGGUGCUAACGCUAUCUUGGGUGUCUCCAUGGCCGCUGCUAGAGCCGCUGCUGCUGAAAAGAACGUCCCAUUGUACCAACAUUUGGCUGACUUGUCUGACUCCAAGACUUCUCCAUUCGUUUUGCCAGUUCCAUUCUUGAACGUUUUGAACGGUGGUUCCCACGCUGGUGGUGCUUUGGCUUUGCAAGAAUUCAUGAUUGCUCCAACUGGUGCUAAGACCUUCGCUGAAGCCAUGAGAAUUGGUUCCGAAGUUUACCACAACUUGAAGUCUUUGACCAAGAAGAGAUACGGUGCUUCUGCCGGUAACGUCGGUGACGAAGGUGGUGUUGCUCCAAACAUUCAAACUGCUGAAGAAGCUUUGGACUUGAUUGUUGACGCUAUCAAGGCUGCUGGUCAUGACGGUAAGGUCAAGAUCGGUUUGGACUGUGCUUCCUCUGAAUUCUUCAGAGACGGUAAGUACGACUUGGACUUCAAGAACCCAGAAUCUGACAAAUCCAAGUGGUUGACUGGUGUCGAAUUAGCUGACAUGUACCACUCCUUGAUGAAGAGAUACCCAAUUGUCUCCAUCGAAGAUCCAUUUGCUGAAGAUGACUGGGAAGCUUGGUCUCACUUCUUCAAGACCGCUGGUAUCCAAAUUGUCGCUGAUGACUUGACUGUCACCAACCCAGCCAGAAUUGCUACCGCUAUCGAAAAGAAGGCUGCUGACGCUUUGUUGUUGAAGGUUAACCAAAUCGGUACCUUGUCUGAAUCCAUCAAGGCUGCUCAAGACUCUUUCGCUGCUAACUGGGGUGUCAUGGUUUCCCACAGAUCUGGUGAAACUGAAGACACUUUCAUCGCUGACUUGGUUGUUGGUUUGAGAACUGGUCAAAUCAAGACCGGUGCUCCAGCUAGAUCCGAAAGAUUGGCUAAGUUGAACCAAUUGUUGAGAAUCGAAGAAGAAUUGGGUGACAAGGCUGUCUACGCCGGUGAAAACUUCCACCACGGUGACAAGUUGUAA